AUGAACCGCCUGUUCGGCGCGAAGAGCACCGGGCCGAAGCCUACGCUCAGCGGCGCAAUCGACAAUGUCAACUCCAGGGUUGAGAGCGUCGAUGUUAAGCUAGCCAAACUCAACGCCGAACUCACUACCUACCAACAACGACUCGCCAAGAUGCGCGACGGACCCGGUAAGAACGCCAUAAAGCAGAAGGCUCUAAAAGUGCUACAACAGCGCAAGAUGUACGAGGCGCAGCGCGACCAGCUCCAACAACAAGCGUGGAACAUGGAGCAGGCGGGCAUGAUGCAAGACAACCUGAAGAACACAAUGACGACCGUGGACGCCAUGAAGACCACCACGAAGGAGCUCCGGAAGCAGUACGGCAAGGUCAACAUCGACAAGAUUGAGAAGAUGCAGGACGAGAUGGCGGAUCUCAUGGACAUCGGAAACGAUAUUCAGGAGAGCAUCAGCCGGAGUUACGACGUGCCCGAGGACGUGGACGAGGCGGAACUGGACGCGGAGCUGGAGGCGCUCGGAGAGGAGGUGGAGCUUAAUGGCGUUGGAGAGGCGGAGGGCAUGCCAAGCUUUAUGGUUGACGAAGCGGGUCCACCGCAGUUCAUCGACGAGGCUCCGGAGCAGAACAAGCUCAAGGAAGCAGCGGGCUGA